AUGACCUUUCCCGGGGAUCAGAUAGCCACAAUCGAGGAGUUUGAGGCAGGAAUAAACACCUUCGAUGACGGCGACAAGGUCAGGGCGGCGGUAAUCGGAAGGACGGACAUCGACAGAAAGGGGCGCGUGGCAAGCGUAAGCAACCCCAAGCUCGUUCCCGUUCCAGAGGCGGGCGACACCAUAAUAGGGAUCGUGGCAGCGGUGAUGUCCUCGAUGAUCGCAGUAACAAUCAAGUACAUCAACGGAGAGCCGAUAACCUCAGGCGUCGAGUGCGUCUGCUCCACCAGGAGCUUCCGCAGGAAGGGCAUCGCGUUCGUAAACGACAUCAUGGUGCUGAAGAUCAUACGCCGGCUCAACGGCGCAACCCAUGCCACGUUCAGCGAGCCGCACCUGGGCGUGAUCCACACGCGGUGCAGGAAGUGCGGCGACAGGGUAAUCCGGUACCGGGAUGCCAUCAAGUGCAAGGAGUGCGGAUGGAUCGACGAGAGAAAGAUCUCGGUUUCCUUUCCGGGAGAACGGGGCGCCUACAGCGAGGACGCGGCGCGCGCAUUCUUUGACCAGGAUAUCGAGACCGUGCCGCUGCCGUCAUUUGCAGAGGCGCUCGAGCACACGGUAUCUGCCAGGACCGACUUCGUGAUACUGCCCGUGGAGAACUCGAUCGAGGGAAGCGUCGGCGAGAGCUACGAUCUGCUUUACCUGACGCCGCUGAAGGUGACCGGCGAGAUCUACCACAGGAUAGAGCACUGCCUGAUCGGGUCUGGGGACCUGGAUGAGGUGGAUACGGUGUACUCGCAUCCGCAGGCCCUGGGCCAGUGCAGGGGCUUCUUGCUGCAGCGCAAGAUGAGAGUCGUCCCGGCGUACGACACCGCGGGAAGCGUCAAGAUCGUAAGGGAGAUGAACAGCAGGAACGUGGCCUGCAUUGCCAGCAGGAGCGCCUCGGAGGCGUACGCGCUUCCGGUAAUACGGGACGGCAUAGCGGACAACCCCGACAACUUUACCCGGUUUCUGAUUCUGGCCCGCGAGCGCUGCGAGGCAGAAGACGCCCGCAAGACAUCGAUCAUAUUCUCACUCAGGCACGAGCCGGGGGCGCUGUACCACAUACUGGACAAGUUCCUCGCAUACGGGGUCAACAUGACGAAGAUCGAGUCCCGCCCCAAGAAGGACACGCGCUGGGAGUACAACUUUUUUAUGGACUUUGAGGGGGGCAGUGCUGAUACGGUCCAAGAGAUGCUGGAGCAGAUCAGCGAUGACGUCACAUUCGUCAAGGCGCUGGGCACGUACCCGGUUGCAGGGCGCGGCUAA